CACAUCACUCACUAUCUCCUUCACACGCCUUCACUCCUGCCAAGUCACGAAUAAACUGCAAACAAGCCCAAUUGCACCCGCUUUCUCUUCUUCUAAUCCAUGAGCGUGCCGCGUGAACGUCAGCCGUAUUCCACCGCCGACUCAGAAGAGACAUCGAAAACCAGCAGCAGCGAGCCUGCUUCCGAGAUGGGCGAUUACUACAAAGACAUCGACGUCUCCCUCGAGCUCGACGACCUCGGCGCGUCUAACUUUGACGGCCAGCACCAUCUCUCGCUGCCUCCCCGGCCGCGCUCGACCGCUGCCUCCUCCCGUCUGCCGCAGUACGACGACGGGUCCGAGGCUGAUAAAGGACAUGGCGGUGCUGCGAGCAAGGCUGCUGACAAGGACGCGCCUGCGAAAUCGCUCUGGCAGCUCCCGCCAGCCGAUCUGCGCAACUUUUCGCUUCUCUGCCUGCUCUAUCUCCUGCAGGGCAUCCCGGUCGGUCUGGCGAUGGGCUCGGUGCCGUUCUUGCUCAAGAGCAAGCUGAGUUAUGGCCAGGUCGGCCUUUUUUCGCUCGCGAGCUAUCCGUACAGUAUGAAGCUGCUUUGGAGUCCUAUUGUUGACGCGAUCUACUCGCGCAGAAUCGGGCGGAGAAAAAGUUGGAUCGUGCCGAUUCAGACGGUGUCGUCGAUUAUGCUCCUGUGGUUGGGAUCACACGUUGACACGUUGAUGGAAGAUGCUGAGAAUCAUCUUGGAUUCAUCACUCUUGUAUUCUUCACCCUCGUCUUCCUCUGCGCAACCCAAGACGUCGCAGUCGAUGGCUGGGCGCUCACGCUUCUUUCGCACGCCAACCUCUCCUACGCGUCCACAGCCCAGACUAUAGGUCUCAACACCGGCUACUUUCUCAGCUUCACAGUCUUUCUCGCCUUCAACUCGCCCGAGUUUGCAAACAAGUACUUUCGCUCUGUGCCGGGCGACACAGGGCUUUUGUCGAUGAGCACGUAUCUUACGUUCUGGGGAUGGGUUUAUCUGAUUAUGACGAUCGCGCUUCUGUUUGGUAAGCGCGAGGAGAAGACGCGUGGCGACGCGCGCACGGGCAAGAGCGGUAUCAUGGACGUGUACUCUGCGAUGUGGAAGAUCGGCAAGCUCUCGAACGUGCAGCUGUUUGUCGGCAUCCACCUGAUUGCCAAAUUCGGCUUCCAGGCCAACGACGCGGUGACGAACCUCAAGCUGCUCGAGAAAGGAUUUUCGAAAGAGGAUCUCGCGCUGACGGUCUUGAUCGACUUCCCGUUCGAGAUCAUCUUCGGGUACUACGCCGCCAAGUGGUCUGUCGGCGACCGUCCUCUGCGGCCGUGGCUGUACGCGUUUGCCGGCAGACUUGGAUGCGCGCUUCUCGCGCAGGCACUGGUGAUGUGUUUUCCCUCGGGCGGGGUCGGCAACGGCUACCUGCUGCUCGUCAUUCUCGUGCACGUGCUGGGCUCGUUCAUGAGCACGGUGCAGUUUGUGUCGAUAAACGCGUUCCACACGCAGAUCGCGGACCCCGCGAUCGGCGGCACGUACAUGACGACGCUCAACACGGUGUCGAACCUCGGCGGGCAAUGGCCGCGCGUGCUCGUGCUCUUCGCGGUCGACUACUUUACGCGCGCCGACUGCGAGAUGGACGCGGCCAAGUCGACGGCCGACCAGCUCGACACGUUUGUGCCGUUCUCGUGCGCGAAGCAGGCCGACCGGCAAAAGUGCAGCGCGAUCGAGGGCGCGGCGUGCGUGAUGAAGGUCGACGGGUACUACAUCGCGAACCUGAUGUGUGUCGCUGUCGGCGGCGCGCUGUUUUUCACGGUGAUCCGCAAGAAGGUGGAGUAUCUGCAGACGCUGCCGCUGAGCAAAUGGCGCGUCGAGAAGUAGAUGGCGUUGUAUUUAUUCCAUUCCCAAACAGGACAUAGACACGGCUUCUGCAUCAUUGUACAUAAAAUAAAAAACAGAGUUUUGCGUCACCUUCCUAAUACGGAAUAGCGCAGUUCAGGGUCCCCAAACGCGCUCUCGCACAUUUCUCGGCGGCCGCCUGCAGUCUGUCUCUCUUCCUCGUCACCUUCUCUUGUGUUUGUAUUGUAUUGUAUUUGUUGUUGUUGUAGUUGUAUUGUUAUUGCAGCUGUAUCCUACUCUGCUUCUCUACUUCUUCUUCUCCUCUGUAUAUUUACCAUGCGCACCUC